CGGAAAACGGGUGGUGGUAAACAUAACUCCGUGUUCCUGUUUACGUCUGGUUGAAAUUUCAGGAAAGAGAAGACGACAGUGACGGUGCAGCCUGAUCCCCCGCGCCUCACGAAGAGGUUUCAAAGUGGUCUUUUGCAGCAAAACCUGCAGCACUGCGCCUGCGCCUCUCCUGUCGUCAGACAGGCCGUUUCAAUGCAUUACAGAGAGCCGUUAUCACCGCGGAGAUGGACGCCAGUGACCUGUUCUCGAGCUGCAGAAAGGGCGACGUUGCCAGAGUGAGAUACCUGGUUGAACAGAGAGAUGUGGAACUGAAUAUCAGAGAUAACUGGGACAGUACACCUCUGUACUACGCAUGCCUCUGUGGACAUGAGGAGUUGGUGCAGUAUUUAUUGGCCAACGGAGCGAAGUGUGAAGCGAACACGUUCGACGGCGAGCGAUGUCUGUACGGAGCUCUGAGCGACUCCAUACGCCGCCUGCUCAAGGAGUAUAAGCGCAUCACAGCUAAAACCAUGCAGCGGGAUUACUACGAGCAGUUCCUGCAGACGCUGCUGGAGCAGGGCUCGUACAGCGACGUGACGUUCAUGGUGCACGGCGAGAUGUUCCGCACGCACCGCUGCAUCCUCAGCGCUCGCUGUGAAUACUUCGCCCACAUGCUGGAGACUAAGUGGAAGGACAAGACCAUGAUCGCUCUCAAACAUCCACUGGUAAACCCGGCCGCAUUCGCCGCCAUCUUGCAGUACUUCUACACAGGUCGGCUGGACAUCGACGUGAGUUACGUGGAAGACUGCAAGCGUCUGGCCAAGCAGUGCAAGAUCAGCGAGCUCAUCGAGGAGCUGGAGGUCAAGUGCAAGCAGGUGCAGGAGUUUGUGUCCAACAAGCCAGGGACGUGUGUGAAGGUGCUCACUCUGGAUCCUCAUGACUGGCAGCUGCAGGACGGCAUGGCUCUGUUAGCCGACAGCGCUCUCCCCGCUGAUCUAAGGGUUGGAUACGGGCAGCUACCUUUUGAUUUGACUGACAGUUUUCCGAGCUACCCUGACAUCUGCUUCAGGGUGGACGGUUAUGACUUCCUGUGUCAUAAGGCGUUUUUCUGUGGCCGCAGCGAUUACUUCAAGGCGUUAGUGGAAGAUCAUUUCAGUGAAGGAGAAACCCUGCAGUCUCUCCCUGAAGUUCCUGUCAUCACUCUACAUGAUGUAUCUCACGAGCUGUUCACCAAAAUCCUCUACUACAUCUACAGCAAUAACACACAGCUGUCUCACGAUAGCGUCUACGAAGUGUUAUGUGUAGCAGACAUGUACCUUCUGCCGGGUCUGAAGCGCCUGUGCGGUCGCACCCUGGCCGCUCUGCUCAGCGAGGAAAACGUUCUGCACAUGUGGAAGACGGCCAAACUGUUCAGCCUGUUGCGCCUCGAGGACCAGUGCACCGAGUACAUGGCUAAGAUCAUCGAGAGGCUGGUGGAAAGGGCGGAGUUUGCAGAGCUGAUCCGAGAGGACGCCGAGAAUGUGGCGGCACGCCAGGAGACGGACUCCAUCCCGCUGGUGGACGACAUCCGCUACCACAUCAGCGGCAACGUUCAGACGUACAGCGCCAUCGAGGAGGCCAACCAGAAACUGCACGCUCUCGAGUUCCUGCUCAAUUACAUCGGCCUGGACUGCUGAGCGUGCACGCAGAAACGCAGGCUUAUGCGUAGGAUAACAUGGUGUGGCGUUACGGCUUUAUCUACGCUUUCUGCGCACCGGAAAUGAGUAGCGAUCAGUUUUAGAAUAACAGCCUGCUGUUAACGUUAACUCGCUCUUAUAUACCCUCACACUGAGUGGAGCUUAAAGCUUUACGCAAGUUUACUUAUUGGUUUUACUUUAGAUUAGAUUCUGUUCUUAUUAUCAUGAAUGAGAACCGGUCAAAUAUCAUUUUGUGUAUCCGUUAAGCAUGGUUACAUAACGAUAGAGUUACACUGAAGUGAGAUACGGGCUGCAGAAUAAUGACUAAAAUAUUAACGCUUUGCGAUUAGUUAAGCAGUUUAGGAGCAAAAUUGCUUUACAGCAUCGUGUCUGAAUCUAUCGCUCUGCACUUUAUAAACCUGUAGUCAUACAGAUGAGGAAAACAACAACAAUUAUGAGCAAAUGAAUCAUUUUUAAACAAUCGUGAUCCAAAUGAAUAAAUAUGUGAAUAAAAUAAUAAUUAAAAAAAUACAUGAAAAUAUGAGCCAUAAAUAAAUACGUAAAUAUAUAUAAGCCACAGGAAUCCUGCGAAUUAAUGUUAAUCAACAGUGAAUUAUGUUUGUUUAAUUAAUUAAUUAAAUCUGAAUCCACAGUCUUAAUAUAAAAGGUGUAAUAUAAUAACAAGAGGCGAAAGUGCUUCAUUUACUUCAUCAUAUAAUGAUUUCAUCAGGAAAAA